AUGGGUGAUUAUCCAAAAGCACUUUCUUAUUAUGAGAAAGCCCUUGCAAUCAAGCAACAAUCACUUCCUUUCAAUCAUCCCGAUUUGGCUAUAUCCUAUAACAACAUCGGUGAGGUGUAUUGCAACAUGAGUGAUUAUUCAAGAGCACUUUCUAAUUAUGAGAAAGCCCUUGAAAUUCGACAACAAUCACUUCCUUCCAAUCAUCCUGAGUUGGGUAGUUCCUAUAACAACAUCGGUAAUGUAUAUUACAACAUGGGUGAUUAUUCAAAAGCACUUUCAUCUCAUGAAAAAUCCCUUGAAAUCAAGCAACAAUCACUUCCUUUCAAUCAUCCUGAUUUAGCUUUUUCCUACAUAGGUAUCGGUAAUGUGUAUUACAGUAUGGGUGAUUACCCAAAAGCACUUUCAUUUAAUGAAAAAGCCCUUGAAAUUCGACAACAAUCACUUCCUUCCAAUCAUCCUGAUUUAGCUAUGUCCUAUAACAACACUGGCUUGGUGAAUGAGAACAUGAGCAACUAUGCAAAAGCGUAUUCAUUUUAUGAACGUACUAUACAAAUUGGAGAGCAAUCAUUACUAACAAAUCAUCCUAAUCUUGAACAAUGGAGAAAAAAUCUCGAAAACAUUAAAAAGAAAUUGUAA